AUGUUCUACAAACACGACACAAGAAGCCAAGACAAGCUUUUGAUGAGGAGACACUUUGUUGUUUCCUGUCCUAAGGAAAAUGGGGUGUCGUAUGGAGAAGAGUUUCUGUAUCUAGCCUGCAAAAGGCUUCCUUGCGAUCUUAGCUGCGCGAUUGAGUGUGCCCUCAAGCGGGGUCGAUGGCUUUCGGCUGGGGGAGCUGCUGUAAUGUUUUUUGGUCGCCAAGGUCAGCCAACCGUGACCCCUGAAUACCACAAACGACGUUAUGCACUCUGA